UCUACUACCUGCUUCCCCUCCGCGCUGACACAAGAGGGAACCAACAGAGGAAGAAGAAAGAAGAAUCAGAUCGCCCGCCGCCCGCACCCACCCUUGAUUUCUCCCGGCCCGGUGGCGGUUCGUCGGAUCCCCACGACGCGCUCUACCGUAACUUAUUGCAGGUAUCACAAGAGCAGAGUCUCUGAUAAACAGGUCCAGCCAUUUGCCCUACCAGUAUAUAUAUAAGAGCUAGUAAAUCAUGUAUCCAACAAAUCACUACAUGGAUCCAUACUCCUCAUACUACAGGCACCAUGCUCCCUAUCCAUAUUAUCCCCCUCCUGCCUGGGAAGCCGGACGCCAGGGGAUGCCUGAAGCGGACUGCUCGCCAUGUCGACCACCAUAUGGCCCUUGGCCAUACAGUGGUAGCAUGAAUCACUCAGGCCUUCCAGAGUCCCACAGCUGCUGCAGCCACACAUACCCUCCUGGUUACUACAGUUUCAGACCCCCAUUUCCCCAAGAACUUCCACCACCUUAUCCAUAUUACCAUGGUCCAUUUCCACCGCAUCAUCCGAACCCCUACUCAUCAUCAUACUUUGGCCCAUUCCCACCUUAUCCUCUUGAUCAGACAACAUACAAUGGUUUAUAUGACAAGUUCAAGAGCCAUUGCUGCGGGUGUCCGAACCAUGUUUGCCAUGGAGAUGGAGGGCAGAAGAGCAACGUGAAAAUCGAAGAACAUGUGCCUGAAGUGAAGGAUGACAGUAAGCAGAAGGAUGCAGACAAUUCCAGAAUAAUUCGGAACCCAAACUACCAGUACCCGGUGAUGUGGCUACCGUCCGGUGACAAGAAGGACAAGGCUAGUAAUGGAACAAGCUUUGAGUUUCCACCUCAGUUCUUCAGCAAGUGGUUUCCUCAGAGUGGAGAGAGGACAGAGGAUGUGAAGCCAGCUGAUGACAGUCAGAAGGCGAAACAACAUCAGUGGCCAAUGGUUUGGAUGCCACCAGGAUAUGGCGUUGAGACCAAACCAGAAGCUAAAAAAGAGCUGAAGGAGACCGAGCAGAGUCCAAAGAACACGCAAGAAGAUCCGCCUUCGCCGAAGAUCAAGAUUAUUCCCUUGUCUUGGUUUGGUAAUGAUCAUCAUGAUCAAAAGCCUGCUGCUAGGGAUGGCUCUGGAGAACAAAAUGGACGAUCAUCAGCGGUGAACCAGCCUGCAUGCACUGAGCAUCGGCAUGACACGACAGCGGAUGGAAAUUGUAAGACCAUCCCAGUUGUGCCGGAGAAACCAAGCAGUGGGAAUAAACCUGCUAUUUCAGUUGUGCCGGAGAAAUCAAACAGUGGGGACGAACGUGCUAUUUCAGUUGUGCCGGAGAAGCAGGAUGUUGAGAAGAAGGUUCAUACCUGCAGGACCAUCCCAGUUAUGGCUCAGAAAGAGAGUGAUGAGAAGAAAUCCUGCAUGGCUGGAAACAAAGAGGAAAAGAAGGCCAUUAUGGUUCAGAAGGAGGGAGAAAAUAAGAAAAGCAACAAUGCUGAAUCAUCCAAGGCUAAACCUUCAAAAUUACCCCCCGUAUGCUUGCGAGUGGAUCCAUUGCCAAAGAAGAAAUCAGGAAACACAUCUUCAAGGUCAUCCAGCCCAGCAACGAGGAAGGUAUCUGAAAAAGAGGCCCAAGGCAAGAACCAGGAGACAAAGCUAUCAGAACAUCAGAAAGAGGGUAAGAUGCCGAUUAAAGAGAAAUCAUCUGAUGAGAUUGCCACAAAUACAGGGCCUAGGAAUGUAACAGUGCUAGAUGCUUCUGUGAAGCAUGCCCAAGAGGAACAAGUUUCCACAAGUGUGACUGAUCAGAAGGUGCAACCUACCGUCAGUGCUGAAGCGCAAGAAAAAGUCAGUGCAAAGAGCUUGCAGGAGUGUGACAAAAACAGAAAGGAGGAUGAGUAUAAGAUCCGAGGCGAAGCUCCAAAUUUAGCCCUUGAAAUCAAGUUAUCAGAACCAGAUGCCGCUGUUCGUAUUCAGUCUGCAUACAGAGGGUACCAUGUACGAAGAUGGCAACCCUUGGAGAAACUACGGAAGAUCAAGAAUGUCCAUAUGCAGAUGCAAGAUGUGGAGAAGCAGCUGCAAGCCCUUGAAGCUUCUUCAAAGCAGCCAACAGAAAAAGAGCACGUCGCUAUUAAUGAGACCAUCAUGAAUUUACUCCUGAACCUUGACACCAUUCAGGGCUUGCAUCCAGUUGUGAGGGAGUCUAGGAAGUCUGUUGCUCGACAGCUAGUUUGUUUGCAGGAGAAGCUCGAUUCUUUGUGCAAGAAAAUGUCUGCUGAACCUAAUCACCCUAAGAGUGAGGAAGAAAGUCUCAUUGGAGUUCAGGAAGAACAAUUGCCUUCCUCAGUUAACUCCAACGAGCCUAUGCAUGAUGACGUUUCAUCUGAAGUUGCCUUGAAGUUUAAUGAAGAUGGAGAUUCUACUGAACAGAAACAUCAAAUGGAAGAAUUAAGUACUGCAAAUGAAGAAGCACAAGACAAAGGGAAAGCUGCAGCACCUACUGAAUGUCAAGGAGUACGAGCGAUGGAUGUGAUGCCUGAUGCAGCUUUAUCAGGAGUUAUCACUGAGAAGAAGCACCAAAUUGAAGAGCCAGGCAUUUUGAGGGAAGAAUGUACUGAAGAACAGGAGAAAGCGGCAGAGAAGGGUGAAGAAUCAUCGACGCACCACAUCGAGCCAUUGCAUUAUACGCUUGCUGAGCAAAACUGCCACACUGAAAAAUCAGAUCAAGGUUUUUCUCCUACUACAACUGAGGAUGGUACAACUGCAAUGACUGCAGCAUGUACGGACAGCAAAGUGGCCGUCAAGAAGCAGGACGGUUUGGUUGAAGGAGGAGGUCAGGUGCAGGAAUCUGCUUCCAUUGGUAGCUCGCGGCCGAAACAUGAUGCUGCUCCUGCUGAAGAUCAGUGCAACGUACCAAGUGCACCAUCCCUUCAUCUGGAGGAUUCAGAAGUUGCAGAUCCACAUGGAAAUGAUCCACCUCUUGCAGAUGAGUCGAUAAUAGUGAAUGCAGGAGAUCAACAAGCAGAGGUCAUCAAUGCCGACAUGGAGAAAGAAGUAGAAGACGCCAAGGUUGAUUCAGGCAAAGAGCUAGAUGGAACUACUUUUGCCGACACUGGGAAUCUGGACUAUGAUACGGGUGCAAAUGCAGAGAACACCACGCAAGAAAAUGUUGUCUUAGUAGGAUCGGAAGAAGCAACAAAACAAUGCGAGGUUUCUCAUAUGGACGAUUCAGCACUCAUGGAGCAGCAGAAUGAAUGCGGCUCUGCCAUUUUAGAGAAGACUGAAUCUGUACCAUUUGAAGUCCAAGGCAAGCCCAUGGAAACUUUUCUGAAUGAUGGAAUUGGAGAGGGGCCUGAAGCUGCACCACUGGAAAGCAGAGUCAGGACCAUGGAAAAUACUCUGAAUGAUGCCAUUGGAGAGGAGGCUGAAGAUGCAGCAUUGGAAAGCAGAGUUGGGACCAUGGAAAACACUCUGGAUGAUGCAAUUGGAGAGGAGCCUGAAGCCGUACCAGUGGAAAACAGAGGCAAGACCAUGGAAAGUACUCUGAAGGAUGCAGGAUCGCUGCCGAGUAACGGCAGUGCUGAACCUGAACCUGAGCCUGCCCUGCCUGAAAGCGCAACCAACGGACCACCUCCGUGUGAGCACGACGGUGGCGCGCUGCACGGUGAUAGUGCUGACUCGGAGGUGUCAUCGGGGAGCCAAGGUGACCUGCAGAAGGAGCAGGAUGGUGAUGACGCUUCUGAGACAACCCAAGGCAAUGUCAUUGCCACCAAGCCGGCAGAAACUCUAGCCUGUGCAGCAGGAGUAAAUUCUGCUGUGCCUGUAGCUGCACCAGAAGCAGAAAUGCCGGAAGAAGGUGCUCAAGGAGCAUCUCCAGAGGAAGAAGAAGCGGCAGCGCACGAUAAUGGUCCCAAGGGCGGCGACGACGCCAAGAACAAGGGCCUGGACGACGAGAACCAGAAGCUGAAGGAGAUGCUGCAGAAGGUGCUCGCGUCCGGCAACGACCAGAUGGGAGUCAUCGCGGAGCUGAGCGACAAGGUCAAGUCACUGGAGAGGAAGCUCGCACGCAAGAGGAGGCCGAAGGUGAGGGUGCAGCACAGGCCAGCGAGGAACGCGACGGCCAAUGACGUCCUCUGAAGAACGGCCAUGGUUGAUCUCUGAAGCUUCAGGCUAUGUCUGUAAAUUUGUAAUGCUUCCAUGAUGGAAGUUCCAUCACUACUGUCUGUAGUACUUUGUACUAGCGGGUAGUGCGCGGCGGCACGCCGCGCCACAUAGAGCGAUAAGCUAUUUAGUUAGUUUUGUAAUAUUUGGUAAGUUGUCCCAAGACUUUAUUUAUGGCAAAGGUUCAUAAAAAGAGAGUGAUGAGGUCUUUUUUUCCAAGGUUUAGUAG